AUGGGUGACGGCUCUGAUUACCCUAGUCCACGAAGCGAAGGUCCCGGCGGACCUACCUCUGUUCUAGUCACUGCCCAAGAAUCGCUCUCCCCAGCACCCAAGAUGAACGACCAGCUGUCUCCGAAUUUCAUGGAAGGGACGCGCCCGCGUCUGUCGGUGAGAAGAGCGCGGGAUCCGCCCAAGAACGCCGCCGGCCAAAUCUACUGCGACCAUCCCGAGUGCCAGCACUCGCCCCCAACCUUUCGCCGUCCGUGCGAGUGGAACAAACACAUGGACAAACAUGACCGCCCCUACAAGUGCAUGGAACCCGGAUGCGACAAGAUCCAAGGCUUUACAUACUCUGGCGGUCUGCUGAGGCAUCAGCGCGAAGUGCAUAAGAAGAACAUCAAUGCCAAGAAACCUUUGAUGUGUCCGUACGCCGACUGUAAUCGCAGCACGGGCAACGGGUUCACGCGUCAAGAAAACCUGAAGGAGCACCUUCGCCGCCGCCACAUGCAUACCGAGAAUGGGCAUGCAUCCGAGCUGCCCAUUGCAUCGCCCGAGCUGGAUGGCACCACGUCGUUUGUGACUGCGUCGGUGGCCCUGAAAAGGAAACGCGAUUCCACCGGGGAGGAUCCGACCCUCGAGCUUCCCGAAGGGGAAGAGAAUGGUGUGGAUUUGCGCAAUGAGCUGAAGCGGCUGCGUCGCGAGGUUCAGGAAAAGGACCGCCGGUUGGAAGAGCUGGAGCGCAUUGUGGCCGGACUGCAGCAAGCUAUUCCUCAGACCGCAACGUCACAGGGUUAG